AUGAUGAUGAUAAUGAUGAUGAGGUGGCGGAUAAGUGGUUGCAUUGGCAUGAAAAUCUUAGAUUAUGGAUCAGACAAUAGUCCUGAAACAGGAUCACCAUCAUCAACAACAACAUUAUGUUCAUCGGACGACAUAGACAUAUACCAAGGCCCAAGCACACCAUUGCCAAACGGAAUCCCAACCUUUACAGUACAAAUACUCAACGCCAACGUAGAAGGCUGCAACAUUGGUAACAUCCAUGUCAGUUGUGGGUGGUUUAGCUCUGCUAGGCUCGUUGAUCCCAACGUUUUUAGGAGACUUUCCUAUGAUGAUUGUCUUGUUAACGAUGGUGAUCCUUUAGCUGCUGGGGAAAGCUUGUCUUUUCAGUAUGCCAAUAGUUUUAGUUACCCUCUAUCUAUUUCCUCUGUUGAUUGCUUCUAAAGUUUGU